AUGUACGAAAAUGGACUCGCAACUUUGAAAUUCUGGUGGGGAGAAACUCUGGAUCCAAAAGAUAGGAAACUCUGGACUCUCACCUUUGUUAAUGUUCCUAACAUAAUUCAAGUUUUUACAUGGAAAGCUGCUGGAAAUGCUCUGCCAGCUAGAAAUGUUUUGCAUACUAGAAUGCCAAUGCUUUCUGUUGAUUGUACUAGAUGUAAUGAUCCUCAUGAAUCUGUUUUUCAUGCUUUAGUUCUAUGUCCUUUUGCUAGUCGAGUCUGGUUUCUAUCCUCUUUCUGUGUUAAUACCCACUUUUUCAAUAAUAAAUCUUUCCUGGACUGGAUGAUGUUUUGGUUAAUUGACCCUAUUUCAAAACUUCAUGAAAGAGAUCAAUAUUUAUUUGUUGUUAUUCUCUGGUCUCUUUGGCAAAGUAGGAAUAAUCUAUUCUUCCAAAAUAUCAAGGAAACUCACUCUACUGUUUUAAUGAGAGCUAGAGCUAUGCUUUUAACUAGGAAACCUUGUCCCAUCAUUUCCAAUACUGUUUCUUUUGGUUACUAUGAUAAGUGGAUUCCCCCGCCUACACGUUGGAUUAAGUUUAAUACUGAUGGAGCUUAUGAUCCUGUUUCUGGAAACAAUGGUGCAGGCUAUGUGAUGAGGGGCUUUUCAAAUACUGCCUCUUUUUGUGCUUCCAUAGUUUUUGGAGUAGAGUCUGCUGAAGAAGCUGAAGCCAGGGCUAUUUGGGAAGCCUUGAAGAAAGCUGUGGAGCAGAAGCUUACUCAUAUCAUUAUUGAAAGUGAUGCUCAGAAUCUUAUCAACCAAUUUUCAGUUGGCCUGUUUGAUGGAGAUACUAUGACGGAUGUUAUUUUUAAGGAUAUUCAGUUUUUCUCUUCUAGUCAAGGUGCGUGUUUAUUUGUUUUUCAACCUCGUAUCUGUAAUUUUGUGGCUCAUGAGUUAGCUCAUUGGGCUAAAACAAAUAAUUCUACCAUGUAUUGGUCUACACCUCCAAUUUGGCUUUUGCCAAUUGUUGAAGGAGACCAUUAG